AUGUCUUCAUCCUCUUCAUCAACCUCCCCUCCCCUCCCCCGCCAACGCGCCCGCACCCUCCUCCCAACCCUCCACUACGGCCGCUACCCCCCAGGCCCCAAAAACUCCCUCACAGACGUCCCCGGCGUCCUCGUCUCAACAACCUCCAUCCACACCUCACCAUCGUACCCCUCAGCUCCCCCAAACUCCAUAAACACGGGCCUAACCACCAUCCUCCCCCGCAAAGAAUGGUUCGACAAAGCCUGUUUCGCAGGCCUCUUCCGCUUCAACGGCUCAGGCGAACUAACGGGGUCGCACUGGCUCGAAGAAACAGGGCUCCUCCACUCCCCGAUCCUCAUCACGGGUAGUUUCGGCGUCGGCAGCGCUUACAACGGCAUCUACGAGUACGCGAUCCGCGAGAAAGCAGACCAAGACGGGAAAGUAGGGUGGUUUCUUCUCCCCGUGGUCGCGGAGACAUUCGACGGGUUCCUGCACGAUGUCACGAAAUUUGCGGUCACGCCGAAACAUGUCGUUGAUGGGAUUGACGCCGCGAACAGCGAUGCUGUGAGCGAGGGGAAUACGGGCGGCGGGACCGGCAUGAUCGCGCACUGGUUCAAAGGCGGGACCGGGUCGAGCUCGCGCAUCGUCACGGGCGAGAACGGACAGGAAUUCGUCCUCGGCGCGCUCGUGCAGGCGAAUUACGGCGCGAUGCGCGAUUUCAAGGUCGGCGGCGCGCCCGUGGGUCGACGCAUUUUCGAAGAGCAGGAACGGCGCGUGCGGGAGAACCCUAACGACCCCGAGUUAUUAGCCCAGGCGAAGCUGCUGUUCAAAGUCAAGGAGUCCAAGGAUAAAAACGAUGGGUCGAUUAUCGUGGUGCUGGCGACAUCUGCGCCGUUGCAUCCGCUGCAGCUGCAGCGGCUUGCGAAGCGGGCGACGGUUGGGUUGAGUCGGGUUGGCGGGUGGGGGGCGAAUCCGUCGGGGGAUAUCUUUUUGGCGUUUUCGACGGCGAACGAGGUCGAGGUGCAGGUGGAGGGGACCAAGGUGGAUCGGUUCACGCCGCAUUUGCUGGGGGUUGAGAUGGUGGAUGAUCAGAGUAUUAGUGCGUUGUUUGAGGCUGCGGCGGAUGCGGUUGAGGAGGCGAUUUUGAAUGCCUUGUUCAUGGCCGAGGGGAUGGAGGGGAAUGGGAAUAAGGUUGAUGCGGUGGAUUUGCGGGUCGUGAAGGAGGUCAUGGAGAAGUAUCUGUAA